UGGCCUGGGUUGUAACCUCUCCACACAUUCAUUCCUACUACCCAGAGAACCUAGCAGCCUAGUCGACUAGUCAUGAGUGAUAAGACAAGGGAGUAGGAGUAGAUCAAGCAGAGCACCAUGUCUAUGUCAAACCAAAGCCAGAGCUUGGAAGACCACCCGCACCAUCCCUCCUUCACGGCCAACUCUGAGACUCCCCAUGCCUCACCUGAUCUGUCUUUCCUUCAGCAGCAGCAGCCGCAGCCGUUUCCUUCCCUUUCAGACCAAUCGCAUUCCUUAGACCCCGUUCCCGAAUCGCCGGUCUCGAGAAACACGAGAGGUCUCGUCAUCGACAGCUCAGCUAUCAUAUCGCCGCCCGCCAGGUCCAUUCGACGGAAGCCAGUAUCGUCCACCGCGUCGCCAAUUACCGCUAGAUAUUCCUCUGGAGAGUACUUGGCCCUGACAAACGGGUUGGCCAGGCCGGAUCAACGCUUUUCUCGCUCCUUUUCGGUGGAUAGCCCUACGGUGUAUGAGUUCCCUCGUCCUCCGAUAUCUAGGAUCGGAUUCGAAUCACCUGAGGAUUUCGUAUUAAUCCAGGGAGGUAAAGAAAAACCCUCCGCCACUCGUCAUCCUUUGGCUUCUGCCGACUCCAUCUCGGCUGACCUAGCGGGUGAGGUCAAACGUCCAAGUUCUCGGGCUGACAACCCUGACGCACCUCAAACACACCACACCAACGACCUGUCGCAACCUCACGACCAGUCCACCUAUGACGAUCUUUUCAGUGACGAAGAGGAGGAUCCACUGAGCGAGCACAUUUUCGACGGAUAUAACUCAGAUUCGUCCGAUAAUAGUAAUUCUAAUACUAAUACUAUGUCGUUGCAUGUCACCCGGAAGACACCACCACAACUGAAUCUUAAGCCAGCCGAUUCAUUAUCUGACAACUACGAACUUAGAACUCCAAACACUGACAAACCACUACCCAAGUCACCAAAUUCAUCAAAGCUAGGAAACUUCUUUGGCUGGAACUCGCCUUCUAACACUGAGGCCUCGGACAAAGGGUUUUCGCCUCUUCCUUCGCCUUUCCAAUUCUCAAAGACAACCAGCGUCGCCGAUGCAUCCCCAGUCACAACAGUUGGACCACAAUCACUACUUGACGCCCCCAAGGCGGCAUUCGGAUCUCCCAGUUCUAGAGAAUAUUGCGAAUCUUACUUGGCAACACCAGAAACCGCUACGUAUUCGCCUCACCAUCAAAUCGAAGAGAUGGAAGAUGAGUUAAAGGCCAUCUCGGCCGAAUUGGCUGCGUCAAUUCGGCGCGAGAUGGACCUAGAAGAUUUAGUUGACAGAUUACAAACAGAGAGGGAUAACCCUACAACAACAGCAAACAAGAGGACCAGCGACUACUUCUCGGAUUCGGGAUACAGCUCGGCUAAAUUGAGCGAAUAUGAUCAAUCAAGGGAAGAGAUCGAGAAGAUCCAAAGGAGGUCGGAGCAGGAGAAGGCCCAGAUCAGGCUUGAGUUGACCAACAAACUCCAGGACGAAAGGUCUAGGAGAUCAGAGCUCGACGAGCAGAUCAAGGAACUCUCGCAAAGAGCAUCUCAGAUCGACCUCGCGAAAGUUAACAACGUCGAUGCUAGCGGACGUGUUAAGGAAUUAGAAAGCACAUGCGAAACACUACGGCGCAAGCUUACCGAAGAGCGCCAGGUCAAGGAUAACUUCGAGGACUUGCUUACAGCGCUCAAGGACGAGUUACAGAAUGCGUCGAACGAACGCGACAACCUUCGGGAUGAGAUCGUUCCCAAUCUCAGGGCACGUGUGGAGGGUCUCGAAGCACAAGCUGUCGAACUCGAGAAGAUGAACUACGAAUCGUCAAAAUUGCAACAGGAGCUUCAGACACUCAAAGUUGAGAACACAUCGCUCAAGCAGAUGCAGGCCAAUUCUAUGGAUACGAUUUCAGAGGAGAGCGGAUUUGCUGGAUCUCGAUUAUCUCGAUCUAACUCUCUCACCGGCCCGCCAUCAUCCUUCAAGCUUCAGCGACCUCCUUCCGGCAUGAUGCGAUCUAAAACGGUCAAGAUCCCGACCCCGACUGAAUCCCGAGAUCAACUAUCGGAACGACUAAAGGACGUAGAGGAGCAACGAGACGCUCUGCACAGGGCCCUGAAGAACCUCUUGGACAGACAAGAGCACCAGAAUAAGGAAAAUGAAAAGAAGAUCAAGUUCCUUGAGGUUGAGCGUGAUCGACUUCUAACCGAAUCUCCGCAGAAAGCCGGUUUCCAGAGAGAGAUCUCAAAUCUACGAGCUGAAAUCAAUGUCUUGCGCCGAAGAGCCGAAGAAGCGCUCGACUCGAAGUGGCAAGUAGAGAAAGGACUCGGUGGCCUUAAGAUGGAUCUCGACCGAGCGGAACAAGAGAUUGCGGAGCUCAGAAGCUUACUCAACGAGAAGGACAUCCUCAUCCCCCCCUCUCUCGCCCGUCACAGCAACAGCAGCGAUAGAUCAGCAACCCCCGUGACUUCGGCGUCUUUGACGGUAGCUUAUGCAGAACUUCAGAAGGCCUAUGCCGAAUCUCUUCAGCGCAUCAAGAACUUGGAAUCCAGCAGCUCCCAAGACGAGUUCACCAAGCGCGCGAUAGAGAAGCUCGAGCGAACUCUUUCUACAACUAUUUCGGAGCGCGACCUCGCCAUCCAGGAGUCAACAUCCUACAAGGAGCAACUCGAGGCCCUCAAGGCCGGCGAGCGAGUCUACCUUGAAUCCGAAAAGGUUCUUGCCGACGAACUCAGCGAGUCGGCCCGUCGCGUCGAGGAGCUAGCCGUCCAAGUCCGCCAGCAACUCACCAUCAACCAGACCCUGCGCCAACGAAUCUCGGAUACCGUAGCUCGCGGAGAGGCGGAGCAGAAGUCCAACAAGGACCGCAUUACCUCGAUGCAAGCACACCUCCGUAGCCUAGAGGAGAAGCUAGAGGCAGCACAGAACGCCUCCGAAGACCGAAUUGGACGCCACGAGGAAGAGAUCUCCACCCUCCGCGCCAGCCACAACGAGCAGCUAAAGCGAAUGCGCGACGGCCUCCGGUCCCCACGCACAUUCCCCUCGAAAUCACCGCUAUCACCGCUCUUCUCCAUCUCCGGCGCUCGCUCCCCUCGCCUCGAAGUAACGCGUUCAGGGCCAGCGAUGAACGUAUCCGAGGAGUCGCAAAUCGACAACCUGCGCGCGCGCGUCGCAGAGCUGGAGAACGCGCUCAGCGACGCGGACGCGGAGAUGCAGCAGGUCGUCGGCCGGAUGAACACGGCGCAGAUCGAGGUGCUGCAGCUGCAGGAGGAGCGCGAAGCCGCCGUCAACCAGACGCGCAAGCUCGAGAAGGAGCUCCAGGCCGAGAAGGUGUCGGCUUUCGAGUCGCGAUUCAGGAGCUUGCAGAACUAGACCGUGGUCUUUCGGAGUGGUUGUAGUAGUGCUUGAUACGUCUGCGUCUGAUCUCACGAUUCCCAUGAACAUCGGCAUAUAACUCUCGUCAUGCAUGUAUCGUUAUCUAUCUAUCUAGGUACCUUUCUUGCGCUGCUUUUUUGAGCAU